AUGGUCGUAGUGGUCGCUCACUUGCUUGCAGGUGAGGCUAUGCCUAGCGUCCAUUUGCUGGCACCCAACUCUCACCUGUGGCUCCACGUAGCCGGGCUCUGCUCAGCGGCCACAACCCGGGCAACCGCCUCGACCGGCAGGCUAAACCAGGUGAGGGUAUCCGUGCGUGCACCUGCACACGCGGUACUGUGGUUUGCGCUGGCCGGAUGGAUCUUCGCGUCGACAUCGUCGAGACGAGGCUCUGCCUGGACCAUCGCAGGAGGCCACCAGGUAAGUUCUUCUUCAGGUAAGUGAAUUUGCUUUGUUUCUUCUCUUUGUAUGUUGAAGUCCCGUGUUGUAUGCUGCUCUUGUUGCUUGCCCUCUAUAUGUUAGUCUGUCUGUUAACAGCUAGAUGAAACUCUUGAUGCCUGCUGCGACUGUCUGUCUGUCAGUCUAUGCCUCUCUCUCUGCUAAUAGCUGGGUGUUACUGUGCUUGAUCUUGAAGGAUGCCCUAUUACUUCUGUCUCUGACUUAUGACUGUGCCUGCUUGUCCACUCUAGCUGUAAGUCCCUAAGCGUUCUGUCGGUGUGUAUGCUCUCUCCUACUUAACUCCAUCAUAUCACCACCAAGGUCCCAGGCUAACUCGGGUCGUUCUCUCACUAACAAAAAGUCGUGGCCCAUAGUGGAGUCCGGCAGCUGUCUGGGAUAACCGGGCAGCCCUAUUUAGGGGGUGCGCUGCCUGCCCUCGCGAGGGGAGGGGGCUAGAAAAGGUGCCUUAAAAAUUGCUGGGAACCACGCUGUCUGCAGGCUGACCGUGGCCGCAGACAAAACACACACAGUCGAAACAGCCAAAACCGAAACAACAACAACAAUCACUCUCCUCCUCUUCCAGCCUAUUCUUCUUCUUCUCCUCCUAGAUUUCGCCGCCGCAAUCCCCAGACUGGCAGGGUGAUUCCGCUCACUCUGGCAGCGUGGAAUGUUCGUUCCCUUUUAGACAAUCCCAGGAGCAAACGGCGGAACGAAGGACGACGCUAGUCGCUAGGGAACUGCCGAGCUACAAGGUUGAUACCGCUGCACUCAGCGAGAUCCGGCUUUCCGAACAAGGCCAAUUGGAGGAGGUGGGUGUCGGCAACACCUUCUUCUGGAGCGGUCUCCCCAAGGCAGAGCGAAGUGACGCGGGCGUCGCCUUUUCCAUCCGAAACGACAUCGUGAGACGACUUCCCUGCCUGCCGCAGGGCAUCAACGAUCGCCUGAUGAGCCUCCGUCUGCCUCUCCGGGGUGGGGGCAAAUUCGCCACCAUCAUCAGCGUCUACGCUCUGCCGAUGAGCAACCCUGACGCCGCAAGAGACAAAUUCUAUGAGGACCUGCACGCCCUCUUGGCAACUGUGUCGAAGGCGGACAAGUUGAUUGUCCUUGGUGACUUCCAUGCCCGCGUCGGCACAGACCAUACUGCCUGGAGAGGAGGGCUGGGUCCCCACGGUCUCCGCGGCUCAAACGACAAUGGUCUGCUGCUGCUCCGCACCUUCGCAGAACACCGCCUCAUCCUGACGAACAGGUUCUUCUGCCUGCCGGAACGAGAGAAGGCCACCUGGAGGCAUCCCCGGUCGCGUCAGUGGCACCUGCUGGACUGUGUCCUCGUCCGGAGGCGAGACCAGCGGGACGUGCUGGUGACGAAGGCGAUCGCGGGCGCUGACGGGUGGACCGACCAUCGCCUCGUCAUCUAG